CACAUCUGUCACUGGCGGCAUUUUUGUGUAUUUGUUUCGUUGGCGGUUAGACAUUUAAGAAUUUCUCAGUUUUUGAGACGAAAAGUGGUGACAGUGUUAUAAUUCCGGAUAGACAACAAUCAGCAUAGAUUACUGUUGAUUUGGACGAUGAGUUCGUCAAGCAGCAAACACGAAUCAUCGAAUUACAUUCGUGAAAAACUGAAAAAGUAUUUUCGACAUUCAGACUUCAAAAGCACAUUGCAAAAGGAGGCAAUUAAGGCGAUUUUAAAGCGCAAACAAGAUGUGUACGUAUCAAUGCCAACCGGUUCUGGCAAAUCUCUGUGUUACCACUUACCAGGGAUUAUGCAAGAGAACAAGAUAACAAUUGUCUUCUCACCACUGCUCGCUCUCAUCAAAGAUCAAGUCGACCAUUUAACAAAAUUGAAAAUUCGUGCUGAGUCAAUCAAUUCGAAAAUGGGGGCGAAGGAAAGGUCAAACGUUUUAGCCGAUUUAAAGAGUAAAAAACCGGAAACGCGAUUCCUGUACAUUACCCCUGAGCAAGCAGCCACAGAAACGUUUAAAGAUUUGAUGAGAGACCUGGUUAAAUACGAUAAAAUCGCCUAUGUAGCAGUCGAUGAAGCGCAUUGCGUCAGUCAAUGGGGGCAUGACUUUCGUCCGGACUAUUUAAAACUGGGGAGACUACGCGUGGAGUAUCCAAAAAUACCAUGGAUUGCGCUGACUGCAACAGCUUCGAAAGAUGUGGUGGUGGAUAUCUUUAAGAACUUAAGUUUGAAGGAGCCGGUCGCGAAGUUCAAGACUCCAUGUUUUCGAAAGAAUUUAUUUUACGACGUGAUCUUCAAAAAUUCCAUUCAAGAUGAUUUCAUUCACCUGAAGCAGUUUGCGGAAAAAUGUCUGAAGAGUUCAAAGGAUGAGGAUGCUAAGAGUAAUAAAAAAUCCUGCGGAAUUAUUUACUGUCGUACAAGGGAUCAUGUUGAAAUGGUUGCAAAUGGUCUAACGAAGCAAGGAAUAAAAACAGUUGCCUAUCAUGCCGGACUAAAAGACCUUGAACGGAAACAAGUUCAAGAGGAUUGGAUGAGUGGGAAAUAUCCAGUGAUCAGCGCUACAGUGAGUUUUGGCAUGGGUGUCGACAAAGCUACCGUCCGUUUCGUCGUUCACUGGGAUGUACCUCAAAAUACAGCUGCCUAUUAUCAAGAAUCUGGCCGUGCUGGGCGUGAUGGUCAUGAAUCAUUUUGUCGGAUUUAUUUUUGUCGGAACGAAGUCAAGUCGAUCGACUAUUUGCUGAAAAUGGACUCGCAAAAAGAUCCGAAAAAUCAACGAGCGAAACGAGCGCAAAAGGACUUUGAAAAGAUUGUCAAUUAUUGCGAAAGUAUCAGUUGUCGUCAUCAGCUCUUCUCCAAAUAUUUUAACGACGACGAAAUGCCGAAUUGCAAGAGACGCUGCGAUGUGUGCAAAGAUCGAAAGAAAGUCGAAAAGGCGGUAGAGGUAUACCAGCAGUUAUCGAUGAAUUAUUAUUCCGAAGCAGUGAUGGCAGAUUCUUCUGACAUGUACGGCGGUGGUCGAAUGGGACUUCGACAAAACGAAGAGAGUUACAGGGAAAGUGACAACGAAUAUGCUGGUCCAUCACGUGAGGAAGUCGCCAAAAAAGCAUCCACCAACUUCAUCCGAGAACAAUUGGCAUUGAGGAAAAAUUUAGCGGCAGCCAAAGAACUGGAAAUGCAACCGUCAGCGGUAAUGUCACGUUGCAAACAUGCAAUGUCGACCAGCAACAAGAUUCCCGGCUUAACAACAAAAAAACGAGAAUCCAACCUAACAAUGAUCGCCGAUUUGCUGAAGAAAAAUAUCGAAAUUUGCGCAGAAAAGAAUGAAAAUCCGACCAAUUCCCUCAAGUAUUGUGAUUUCGAAGACAUUGCGGCCGAUGUGGAAUAUCGUUGCUUUACUCCGCACAAAGCAAUUAGUUUAUACAAUCGAUCGAUAGCGAAAGAAUACUGUGCGCUCAAGAAACACAACACGGAUGGGAUAAUGAUCGAAGCGUUAAAGAAUCACAUACCGAAAAAACGUAAUGUUACCGGCGGAUCAUCGGAGUGUAUAAAACGGAAAUUGGACGAAUUGGAAAGUAAGGAAACGAACGGUAACAGUUCGUCACCGAAACCAGUCAGUAGUAAAUUAAGCGGACCGAAGCGAAUGAAGAAAGAUUCAUUGGAACAAACGAAAAUUAAUUCGUUUUUUGUUGUCAAAAAAAGUGAGGGCGAAGAUUGUGGAGCAUAAAAGGAUGUUUGCAUGGACAAUCGCUUAAAAGAAAACGGGUUGUAAUAAGUAACAGUGUGUUCGAUGAAUAAAUGGUAAGUGUUAUAAAAAGUUCA